CAAAACAAAAACUUGCUGACAAAAGUUUUGUGCGUUUCGUCAGAAGAGGAGAUUGUUCAAUCUUGAUUUUCCAGAAUUUGCUGCUCCAAGAAUUACAAAACAGUUUUUAAAUAGGAUAAAACGUUGAUCGUUAGUCGUAAUGAGUACGGAAAUGGAGGAGAUUCUAAACGAAACGGUUCCGCAGUCCGAACUGGAGAAAUUCGAGAAAAAGUACAAUCGCGAACUGCAGAGCAAGAGCCUUUCCCACACAUCCCAGUUCGAAUACGCUUGGUGCCUGGUGCGGAGUAAUUACGCCAAUGAUAUGAGAAGCGGCAUCACACUGCUGGAGGAUUUGUGCAGAAAGAAUCCGGAAGGCAAGCGAGAUUACAUCUACUAUUUGGCCCUGGCCUACACCCGCCUAAAGGAAUUCUCGACGGCCAUGAAAUACGUUCAGGCCUUUCUGGAGAUCGAACCCAACAACCAGCAGGUCAUCAGUCUGGAAGAGUACAUCAAGAAGAAGAUGGAAAUCGAAGGCUUGAAGGGUGUGGCCAUGGCCGGUGGGGCCGCUCUCGUACUCGGGGGUAUCCUUGGAAUAGGAUUUGCGCUGGCGAAAAAAUGAAAAUCACCGAACAAGUAAACAUAUCUCUGCUCCUUCAUUUUCUAACGUAUCCUGUGGGGAAUUUUUCGUUUUGGGACUGUUCAAAUUUAUGUGAUUGUAUUUCAUUUCAAUUCAAGGCUGUCGGAAAAUCACCAAUGACCUCUCUGUUCGUAAUGUUUUAUCAAAUAUUCAUAGUUUCGUUAAUGUUAAAUCUGACUUGUUUAACGAAAUGUAAUGCGCGGGAGCUGUGUUUACUAAACAAUAUGAUGAACCAUUACAAUGAAUGCUUGAGAAGAACUGAAGAUUGUAAAUAUGUGAAGAGAGAAGCAAAUAGGCAUAAGUUAUACAAAUACAUAUAUUGAAUGCACAUUAGCACCAAACAGAAAGAAUAAAACUAUUUAUGGUAGAACAA